AUGGACAGCUCGCACCAUUACUCAGGCAUGUUUCCCCCUGCCUAUUCAACAGGGCUUGCACCAUACCCACGACCUGUUAUACCAGCGAAACGAGAGGAUGACGACGUCCAAUUUGUAUCCUCCAAUCCCGUCAAGAAGAGAAGGAUUGACGACUAUCAGCCGGUCACGCAACAUUCCACUACAAAAUCACCGGCCUUGGGGCGACCCGUUCCCAUCAGCCAUCAGACAUCCGAAGCCGCCAAGCCGACCUCUCAGCCGGAAAGACGGGGAAGCACGGGGAUGGUCGAUCACUCGCCCACGGCCCGUUUGCCGGAUGUGGACCCGAUGAGAGGCUGCUCAAUGCCGACUCCAGAGAGGUCCUGUCACUCGGAGUCAUUCUGGACUUCACCGUGUACUGGAGAACAGAGCUCGCCGCCAGUGUCGCCCAAAUCGCUCCCAGAACCUAUUUCGCCUUCGGUGCUUGGGAUUGAGAACAGUCAUGGACCUGCACCUAGUAUUAUGAGCGGAACCAACGAAACUGUGGCUGAUUUUCCCGGACCGGUCCCGUCGCUUAUGGCCUCAUCUCAUUUAUAUCAAGCGCAAGUGUCAGGAGAACAAGGUACGCCGAGUCAGUUUCAACCAGAGACCGAGAACCACACUGAGACUGCAAAGGAUGUACCCUCAGCGCCAACAGCUCCCGCUCUAGCUGGCGUCACUGACCAGGGGAAUACCAACUCUGUGCCCGCAUCAGUAGCAGACGGCAAAACCAUCCCGCACCAAACCGCUGAAUCUGGGCCGAUGUUGACCUAUCCUUGUGCUGAGGUGGAGUCGAAGAAUACCACCCGCGAUCUCUUGGACCAGCAGGCAGAUCUUCACAGUUCCAAGAUCAACGAUUUUCCCUUCCCUUUUCAUACCCAUACGCACCAAACCACAAAUGUUUCAAGCCCGUUGACUUCUGAGAUUUACAGCACCAUACAUGGCACUUCGGAUAACCAGACUGGGGCAUGCGCUGAUCGCCCUGCGUCAGGAGCGAAGGGGCCCUGCCGUCAGUGUGUGGAGGUGAGGUUGAGGCAACAGGCAGCCAGCAUGGCGGCCAACUCAGGCCUGACAAACGGCACAAAGGCAUCCACAACCAGUCAGACCCCCCUCCCGCCGUCUUCUAUUCAGCAACCUUGGACACACCUCCUAGGACUCAAUCCGUAUCACAACGCGAUGGCUGGAGCCAUCUAUAACCCACUCUUACAACAAUCUUUAAUGGCUGGACCAGCUGGUCACUUUGCUGUCCACUCGCAACAACCACAUCUUGGCCCCACACUUCCUGCUCAACAGCCAGCGGGACAUAUGUUCCAUCUUGGACCCCCUUCUCCAGUACCGCAAGCACAAGCAUUUGCCGCACAACAGCCGACCGCCCAACCGGCCAAACCAGCGACUGCUAUCUCGAAACCCCAGAAAAAUAGACUUAUCGACACCCAGCCGGCUACCAAACACAUCAUUGUCGAUAUCGCUGACACCUGCCUAAACAUGUUCCCAUUUCAGGAGGUGGCAAAGCGACAUAAUCAACCGGAACAGAAGGUGAGGGACAUAUUUUCAGCCGUGAUCCAGGUUCCUCUGCUGCGCUGUCCUACAGACAAGAGAAGGGCCGGCAAGUUGGGCACAACAAGGGUCAAGGAGUUUACCCAGGCGAAGAAGGAGGUGCAAGCGCAGAAAGGCAAUCCUGGUCAGACUCGGCAGGACUCUCCGAAUCAGAUGCCUUACAUGCCUUCGGCAUGGGAUGUUGCGCAGUUUAUCGGCCCAAGCGAUGUCCGACUCGGGGCUUUACCGAAGUAUUCCCCGCUAUGGUGA